UUGUAACCAGUCACACAACCAAAAAUACAGGUUGAAGCUGCUUGUGCUGAACAAAUGGACGUAGAUCAGCAACGCAUGGAUAUUUUAAGAAACUCUAAAAACCCUUCAUUGUGAAUUUAUUGCUUUAUUUAUUUUUUUAAUAGUUAAUUUUUCGUGUGGAUUAUGUUGAUGGAUUCCCAACUAAGUACUGUGCUGUGCUGGAGGAUUGAAGGCUGCAUGCUUCUGCCACAGUGAAGGUUUAUGGUCUGUGCAAAAUGAAGAAUGAUAAGAAAACUUCUUUCAAAUGUCCUCACAGAGGAACCAGUCUCUUCAUGAUAUCGUCCCAAUAAUUUUGUUAAAACACUGGGCCCUUUGAGAAGAGGAUCAUUAACCAAAAUCCAUCUUCUUACAUUAGGAGACUAAAAAUGUCUGACCUCAGCCAAGUUGCAGUCUACUCAGAUUCCUCAGACAUUUAUAAGAAUGUGUUUUGCAACCCUGCCUUUGAGCUGGAGGGGGAGAGAGAGGAGAGGGUGGAGGGAUUCAGGACGUCCUCUUCCACCCCUGAACCAAUCAAACCUCCAGCAGCUAGUCUAGGUUGUGGUCUCUUAGGAUUGUGUGUGCUCCGUCUCCGGGGUCCAGGCUGUGGAUGGGGGGUGGUGGUGGUCUCUGCUGCUGCUCUACUCCUGUUAGCAGCGCUUGGACUGACGCUGGCCCUCAUUCUCACACAGAUAAAGAACCAGGCAGUGGAGGAUGAAUUGCUCCCCACAGCGACUCCAGACCUGCAGAGUGUAGGAAAUGAAGCAUCCCAUGCUUUACCCACAGUCCCUGCUAACAGAAGUCAAAUGGACAGCACAUCAGAACCACAGCCCCCGAGGAUCCCCCUAUCUGAAACAAAAUGUGGCGGUGUAUUGACCGACUCUGAAGGCAGUUUCAGCUCUCCAAAUCACCCCGGCUCCUACCCCCCUAACUCGCUGUGUGUGUGGGUGAUCCGGGUCCCGUCCCCUUACUUGGUCCAGAUUCAUGUGUCCUCUCUGACAGUGGAGGGACCAUCUCCAUGUCUGUUUGACUGGCUGGAGGUCCAGGAGCAGAUGGAGCAGAGAUCGGUGGUCACCAGGUUCUGUGGAAAUGUUGCACCACCCACAGUAAACACUAACAGCAGCACGGUGUGGGUCACCUUCCGCUCUGAUGGCAGCAUAGCAGGCAACGGCUUUACGGCACAGUACUCGGCCAUAUUACCUGGACACAAAAGCUGCUCCAGAGAAGAGUUCAUGUGUGACAGUGGACGCUGUCUGCUGCCUGUGUCCGUGUGUGACGGUCAUCCAAACUGUCACGACCAAAGAGAUGAGGCAAACUGCAGCCAUAAGCACAACAAAUGUGGUGGCCAGAAGGUUGGGCCGUACGGUUAUCUAGAAAGUCCAAAUCAUCCCAGGCCUUACCCUCACCAGCAGUUGUGUAUAUGGUCUAUAUCUGUCAAAGAGGGUCAUUUCAUCUCAUUGAGCUUCGUAAACUUCAGCCUGGAAACUCAGGAUGUGUGUGAGUUUGACUAUGUGGAGGUGCACGAUAGCGCCAACACCGGAGCUGGAAGGGUCUUGGGGAGGUUUUGUGGUACCACCCUCCCACCGGACUUGACCUCCUCUGGUCCCCACAUGACGGUGGUGUUUGUGGCUGAUGAGGGUGUGGCUGACAGUGGCUUCAAUGCAAAGUAUCAAGCUGUAUCAGUACUGAACAGGACAUGCGGCCCUAACCACUUCACCUGCAGUACGGGGGAGUGUCUUCAGCACCAGUGGCUGUGUGAUGGAUGGAAUGACUGCCCAGAUGGAGCUGAUGAACUGGGCUGUGGAAAUUCCACUUACCCUCCCUUUACUUCAUCAUGUGAGUUAAUAGAGGUGGAGAUGUGUCAGGGCCUCAGCUACAACCUCACCUCAUUCCCCAACAUCUGGCUGUCCAUUGCGGACCAGAGGGAAGCUGCCACACUCCUGCGACAAUAUCGGGUGCUAAUGGAGCUGGCGUGCUUCGAGCCGCUGCAGAGGUUGGUGUGUGGGAUGUUCCUUCCUCAGUGCAGCCCUCACGGCGGCGUCCUCCAGCCCUGCCGCUCCGUCUGCUCCUCUGCUGAGCAGCAGUGCAGCCAAGCCCUGGACCUCUUCUCCUUCAGCUGGCCGUUCAACUGCCACCUCCUGCCCGACUCACAGGACCCCAUGGAGUGUUCACAGCCUUGAAGCUUUGACUGCAACAAUGUGUAAACGUGGAUGUGUUUUUGCAGGAUAUCGCAUCCAACUAGCUUACAACCGGGAAAUAGCGGUUUUGUAACAAGUUCAAGGACUGAAGGCCUGCACCUGAUACAUCUGGAAACAAGACUUAAUAUGCAUUUUGUUAUUCGUGUGCUCAGAACUGUGGAGAAGCAGCAAUUUAUAUCAUGUAAAUUGAAACUAGACAUAUAGAGAUUGAAAAGGUUUAGAGUUUCUGUUUAUGUUUUAUGUGAAGAACUUUGAAUUGUGUUGUAUGACAUGUACUAUAAAAAUAAACUUGCCUUACUCCAGUUCUAACAAAGCAAAGUCUAAGUUUA